GCCAGCCGGUUUCCAUUUUCCGGCGCUCCGGAUGCGAGAGCCAGAUCGGGCCACCUAAAGCAGCGGGCGUCCGCGGAACUCCAGCAGUCACUUGAGGACACCCCCCCCCACAAAGUCACGUCACCCUGCGGGGCAGCGUGGGCACCAUGAACAACGCGGGAUUGAAUUCGGAGAAGGUAGCGGCUCUGAUUGAGAAACUGAAUUCUGACCCUCAGUUCGUCCUCGCCCAGAAUGUCGGGACCACCCACGACCUGCUGGACAUCUGUCUGAAGAGGGCCACGGUGCAAGGUGCCCAGCAUGUGUUCCAGCACGUUGUGCCUCAGGAAGGCAAACCCGUCACCAACCAGAAGAGCUCAGGACGAUGCUGGAUCUUUUCUUGUCUGAAUGUUAUGAGACUUCCAUUCAUGAAAAAAUUAAAUAUUGAAGAAUUUGAGUUUAGUCAGUCUUACCUGUUUUUUUGGGACAAGGUUGAGCGCUGUUAUUUCUUUUUGAAUGCUUUUGUGGACACAGCCCAGAAAAAGGAGCCUGAGGAUGGGAGGCUAGUACAAUACUUGCUUACAAAUCCUACAAACGAUGGUGGACAAUGGGAUAUGCUUGUCAAUAUUGUUGAAAAAUAUGGGGUUAUCCCUAAAAAAUGCUUCCCUGAAUCUCAUACAACAGAGGCAACCAGAAGGAUGAAUGAUAUUCUGAAUCACAAGAUGAGAGAAUUCUGUAUACGGCUACGGAAUCUGGUACACAGUGGAGCAACCAAAGGAGAAAUCUCAGCUACACAGGACGUCAUGAUGGAGGAGAUAUUCCGAGUGGUGUGCAUCUGUUUGGGUAAUCCACCAGAGACAUUCACCUGGGAAUAUCGAGACAAAGAUAAGAAUUAUCACAAGAUUGGCCCCAUAACACCCUUGGAGUUUUACAGGGAACAUGUCAAGCCACUCUUCAAUAUGGAAGAUAAGAUUUGUUUUGUGAAUGAUCCACGGCCCCAGCACAAGUACAAUAAACUUUACACGGUAGACUACCUGAGCAACAUGGUUGGAGGGAGAAAAACUCUGUAUAACAACCAGCCUGUUGACUUCUUGAAAAAGAUGGUUGCUGCCUCCAUCAAAGAUGGAGAGGCUGUGUGGUUUGGCUGUGAUGUUGGAAAACACUUCAAUGGCAAGCUGGGCCUCAGUGACAUGAAUGUAUAUGACCAUGAGUUAGUGUUUGGUGUCUCCUUGAAGAACAUGAAUAAAGCUGAGAGGCUGGCUUUCGGUGAGUCACUUAUGACCCACGCCAUGACCUUCACUGCUGUCUCAGAAAAGGAUGAUCAGGAUGGUGCAUUUGUGAAAUGGAGAGUUGAGAAUUCAUGGGGUGAAGACCAUGGCCACAAAGGUUACCUGUGCAUGACUGAUGAGUGGUUCUCCGAGUAUGUCUAUGAGGUGGUGGUGGACAGGAAGCACGUCCCUGAAGAGGUGCUAGCUGUGUUAGAACAGGAGCCCAUUGUCCUGCCAGCAUGGGACCCCAUGGGGGCUCUGGCUGAGUGAUACUGCCUCCGGUUCUUUCCCCAUCCCAUGGGACCUGAUAUAGCUGCAAGGACAGAUCCAGGAACUGAAGCCACAGUCACAUGGCUGUGUGUUCCCACCACACACAGUCAGACUUGGAAUUCCAGCCUCCUCCAGGAACCUCUUUGGGGAAGUAUGCUUUAUGCUGAAACAAAAUAUUCAUGAAGAAAAUAAAGGGGAAUGAUCAGGUCAUAUUAGCUACUCUCAUCUCCAACAGCUCAGGAUCUCUUAGCAUUUUAGUCAGAUGUAAUUGUUUGUCCUAACCAUCAAAAAGGUCCUCAGUGUCUGUUGUAAUAGCAAAAGAUGAGCAACUGAGGUGUCUGGAGAGAAAAUGGCCCUUGUCCUCCUUAUUCCUGGAGUAGAGUGGGGAGGGUUAGCUAAGGUUGGAGCUUUCACGCCUGCAUGCUGCCUCACAGAUGGCUGUCCUUCCAAGGUGGCAGUCACUAAAUUCAGUUUUUUCAAAGUAAUUUCACGUGCCUCUUAACAGCCCAAGAAUGGGAGGUUGAUCAGGUUUGACAUGAUUCCUUCCUGUUGUUCUGGACCGGGGGGUGCAGCUUUGCUUGAGUCAGGUUAAAUACAGGCUUGGGGAACAACCAAAACCUAAUCACAGUCUCAGUUGUAAUCAUGGGAGCUCUCGCUGAAUGGUUUAACUUCUGCCUCUGCACAGGGUCUGGGGGUUGGGCGGGCAAGCAAAGGUGAUACUCAUUCUUUCUGACAACUAGAUGGUGCUGAGAAGCUUUUGAAUAAAACACUUUGCUAAAUGAGAA